AUGGCGUCUGAGGCAGCGAGCUUCAAGUCGUACAUCAUGUGCGACAACAAUGACAGCACCUCCUCUACACGCACCGAUGCGCCGAUCAUUGAACCCAAUGCAUCCACCUCACCAUUACUCCGCAUUCCUAGUAAGAUUAGGAACGCAAUAUACAGCUACGUUCUUACCGAGGGUACAUACACAGUGGUUGGAGUAAACGACACGAAUGGUGUUACACUCCAAGAUGCAAAGCCUCACCACCUCGCUCUGCUAAGCGUAUGCCGUCAGACAUAUCGCGAAACGGCAAUGCUCCCAUUCACUUUGAACACCUUCCGCUUCGACACUCUCAAGACGUUCGACCCGCGUAACAACUUCCCUACGCGCCCCCGACGCCAUGCCAUAAAAUCACUUCACUUGGUCACUCUUCUUGCACCUGUAUUUGACGCGCUAUUGUUUCUAGACGAGAUGAAGAGGCCGCUUGUUGUGUCAUUCGCAGAAAUGUACCCCAACGUGCAACGAGUAGAGAUCGAUCUCGUGACGUGCGAAAAGCCUAUCCAAAACAAGACCAAUUCGUUAGCUAAGCUGUAUGUGAAAAUGAGUCGGUCGAUUGAACAGCGAUUGGUGAAGUGGCUCCGAGUCAACGAUAGUGAGAGGAGGCUGGAAGUGGUGAUACGGGCAACUACAGUGAUCAAAGAAGAGGUUCCGAGGGAAUGGCGGCAAUGA